AUGAACUCGUACCCGCUUGAGCUGAUAGCUCAGCUGGCCCCAGUGAUGUUCGUCGCUGGGCUGAAUCCAGCAUCAUUGAAUAAUGCGAAUAACGUGCCAAACACUACUUCCCCUCCCCUGCAAUCUAUUCAGCCUCCUCCACCGACACACCAUUCUAGAAAUCCUUCGUUAACAACAAUGACUACUGUUUCAGGAGCCGAUUCAGUAAAUUACUCUUUAUCGCUGCCACCAUCUACUACAGCACCGAAUCUGCUAAGACCAGACCCAUUCACCAUUCUCACCUCGCGUUUACGCGAAAUCCUCGUCCAUCAGCGGAAGAUCACUGUCUGGGAUACGCCUACAGCGGACAAAGUAUUCCAGGUUAUCUUGAUUGAUAAAGAUGUGAAAUUUCCGCCGCGGAAGGUCGAAUCUAGCCCUGGGGCUCCAGCACAUUCACCGUUAUCGCCGUUAACACCUUCCUCUCCUCUGCAUCCAGACGGGUUGAUUGCGCCAAUAUGGAUUCGAAAACAUACAAUGCUUGUCCCAGCUGUAUUCGUGCUGUUUAUAAGAUUGUUUCAAGCUGACGAUCCAAGUUCUAUUUAUGCUUAUUCUUUGGGAGUUGAAUAUAACACCGAAUUCGAACAACGACUGAAGGAGUUCAGGGACCUUGCUGACCGGCGCAACGACAAAGACACUGAUCGCGUCGUAGAACGUGUCAAGGAGCUGGAAAGGCUCAAGGACACAGAGCUUGCUGCUCUCAUUGCACAGCGGAAACGCAGUACGAACGAGCGAGGAAUCAAGCUCACUGUUGUGCUUAUGGCUUCGAGGAAAUUGUUGGACGAUUCGGCCUCGGGAGCUGCUGGCGGAUUGGGUUUAGAUGCUAGGUUGACGUUUAUUAGACGACAGUCAGGGCUUGACUCGAGAGCUGCGCUGUUUGUGUUGAGUCCUAUUCCGAGGGAGGAGUUGAAUGACUUUGUCAAGAGCUUGCAGACUGCACUGUGGGACCCAGCUGUAGAAUACUACACCGCUCAUUCCAAACGCGUAAGGCAGAAACGGAAUCGACAUCAAGCUCAGUCAGCUCAGUCCUCUCAUCGACCUACUCCAUCAAUUGUUGCAUCGAGCUCGUCGUCUAACGCAUUGGGCGCGAUGAGUGCACUUCCCGCCCCACUCAAACCCGAAGGCUGGACAGUCCGGUACGAAUACAAAAUGGCUUCAUUCGCUGAAUUCCGAGGCGAGUACGAAGUUGCUUUGAAGCACUACCAAGACGCGUAUGCUGCGCUGACAAUGUUGUUCAUGGCGCCUGGGAGCUCGUUAGCUAUGGCGUCUGGUGGGGUGGGGGUUACCAUGCCUAUUUCCACUUCGAUCUCUACAUCUACGAUGCCUACCUCUACCUCUUCGAUGUCUGCAACAUCCUCAACCUCUGCAGCUUCUCGAGCUGGAGUCAGUUCUCCAGUCCCCGGCAACGGUGGCUCCCGCACUAAACGCUGGGCGGAAGCUAAAGUCCUCGCGGACACCAUCAAUAUCAAGAUCGUCAAGUUGUAUUUAUACAAUAAUGAGACUGGGUUAGCAUUGGCGCAGCAGAGGUUACAUGUCAGAACGUUUCCUGUUGUUGCUGGGUUUACUGGAGGGUCGACAAUGUCAACUAAGACCGGUAGUGCCCCUGUUGGCGGGCAAAUUACUCCUUCUUUGAGUGCUGCAGAUGAAGGCAGCUACGAAUAUUGGAGCUGGGUAAGUAGGAUGUGGUGUAUAUUGGCUGAGAUGCUCGUUGAGGGGACGAGAACUCGCGGAUCACCUGGUUCUCCUCCUAUUCCUCCAAGUCUCAUUAUACCAAUCCACCGACCCCGUCUUCCUCCUUCCUCCGCAGCUGUUUCAAUCACUGACAGUGGCAGUAGGAAACCAAGCCCCACACCAGAAUCACUCCUCCAUUCCGCCGCCCCUGGUGUGAACCCGGCACAUGCGCUGAUGCACCCGGGGUGGUAUUACCUUCUCGCGGCGGAGUGUGCAGAGAGGAAGGUUGGGAGGUUUGUUGAGGGACUAAAUUUCGGGGCAAGUGAUGAAAUGAAGGAGCAGAAAAUAACUCAUCUGAGAGCAUUAGUGGGAGAUAUAUUGGAACUGUACACCAAAUCAUAUGAACUGUUCAAGGCGUAUAGCAGUGCUUCUACCACGACGACGACGAACACGACUUCCCGAACUCACACUCUCAAUGCGUCCAUCUCAUACCCACUCAGUAUGACUACAUCUAUUUCGAACGCCUCGAAUGCGGUGGGUCCUUCGAAUCCACCUACCAACACGUCAACAAGCACUACAGACAGACUUGCGCUAUAUAUCGCUCAUCGUAUCGCCCUCACUUAUGCGCGGUUCCCUGAUCCGAAUCGUCCUGACCUUCGUUCGACGAACUCUUCUAAUGAUACCUUGCGAAUCUCAAAAGACUCUAAAAACACGGGCGAUCCAGCUGCUGACAAUGCAGAAGAUUUGGACGAACCUGGUACUUCAGAUAAUGCUCCACACGAGCUAGAAUCGCUCUUCGCUGAGUUCGACUCCUGGGCUCGUGAAUUUUCUGCGGACGCAGACGAAGACUUGUCUGAAUCACUGGACGAGGGUAAUUUCAGAGGGAAAGACCCGGAGAAGCUUGCGUUAGCUGCAAGGUUCCUUGCCAGGAUCGCGAAGAGUUAUUGGAGAGAAGGGGUUAUAUCUUCUUCUUCCUCGUCCUCCUCUUCUUUCUCUGCAUCCACAUUCAGUUCGGCCUAUCCGACUCUUCCUUCUAUGUUUCCGGGAUAUCCAUCUAACGCAGGCUUCUUAACAUAUCCCACUGCAAAAUACAAUACAGAGGACGACAGAGAAAAUGACGAAAUAUGGGGAUGGCCUGCUCUCCUCGUUCCGCUGCUGAGGACCUGGAGUGGGAUUCUAAGAGAGUUGGUCGGGCGGGGUAUCAACGAGAUGAGGAAACUUUCCAAGACGCUCCGAACGUCGCAAAAGCUGGAUUCACUGUAUAAACUAAACAGCACACCAGAAAAGCUGGAGAGUCUCGAAGCCCACUUCGAUUCAUACACUCGUGUACUCAUUUCUAGAAUAAGCGUCGACCGAGACGUCGAAUUUUCAAGGAAGAAAGAGGAGAUGGAGAUACAGAGGGAGCUGAAGAGAGUGAUGGAGAUGUGGGUUGGUGUGCAGACUCUGAAAGAAGUGCUGGAUAAAACCUCAUCUGACAGCUCUAGCACCAGGGAGGUGAAGGUGAUUAGGGUAGACAAUGCAGAAACGCAACCGAUCUUCGAUACCUCAGUGGUAUUUUGGUAUGGGAGAAUUUGGAUCUCUCCUUUUUCCCCCUCUGUUAGCUCCUUGUCCAGUUCCUCAUCCUCCAAUGCUGAAUCAAUUCAAGAAUCUACCCCAUUCCAACUGACACUUACUGCGCCCUCACGCGUGGCAAUUGAUAAACUUGACUGGGUGGAGCUGAGGGUUAGGGUCACAUUUGAAUACGAGGGAUACGACGAUUUCGACGAGGGGUAUGAGAAGCAGGAGGAGGAAGGAGAGGGAAGAGGUAAGGAAGAGGGAGGAAAUGAAGAUGGCGAAGAAGACGAUGAGGAAGGUGAUAACAGAGAGGGAGCUAUCAGAACAGAUGUUGAAGAGGCUAAGAUUGAUCUUCGAACACAGGAGAUCGAGGUUAUCAUUCGAUCAAACUCCCUUUCGCAAGGCGGGGAGGCUAUUGAAACACUCAACGAGCCUGUUCAAAUGAUUGACGUUGGACAUCUGUCGUUUGGUACUGGUUUUGGUUUCGAUAAGAAGGCGGAUUACGAUGGAAAAUCAUCUACAGACAAAAUUCAGGAAAUCAUCUCCGUAUCCUCCUCGAGCCUUCGUUGGACACCUGGACAAGCGGUGAUAAUUACCGGGUCUGUUCGUGUUUGUUCGAGCGGUGGUGGGGAUCAAUUCGGGCAAGGCAAGAUAAGAAUAUCUUCCGUUCUUCUCCGACUCAACGCCCCUACUCCCUCGCCACCUUCUCAGGGUAUUCCCAACACUCCACCAUUCGUGCUCGAAAUCCCUCUACAUGUCCCCGCUCGACGAGGAGCUCCGCCUCCGCCUACGUCAUAUGUUCAUGCACUUGGUAGCAGAGAACUUGGAGCGGGCGCAGGAGUUGGUGGAAUUCACACGCAAGCAAUGUGGUUCGCUGGGUUCGCGGAGAUUCAGCACAGGUACCCUCAAUAUGGGAUUACGGCUCCGAGAUGGGUCCCUGUGUCGAGACGUGGGAUUGAGAAAGGGCUGGGAUAUGAAGGUGUUGAAAUAUCCUUCCGCCCACAUCCCGUCACGUUAUCUGUGCUUCAUUCCGGCGUGGCGUAUGUGGGAGAGGAGUAUCCCCUGGAGAUCCUUGUAAGGGGUUGUCGGUGUGACUUUGGAAGUUCGCGCUCCGCUGAUGCAGAGGAGGGGAAGCAGGAAGAAGAGACUGUGGAUGAGGAAGUCGAAGUAGUGAUGGACGUUCUGUUGCAGCCUGUAGAAUCAGACGUGACUGCUGUCAACACGAUCUCUGUCGGCCCGCACCAAAGUAAUACUAUGAUCAAAGGGAUAUCGCUCGGUUUGCUUGCACUACAUCCCCGGCACCCCUCCUCUCCAUCAGACCUCAGGCACACCCUCUGGAUUAAAAACACUGGCGGCGCAGGCGACAGGGUGGUCGAUAUGAGUGUCUGGACGCGGCCUAUUCGUAGACAUAAACCAGGCAAAGCAGCCAAAAAUACAUCAGGAAUCAUCAACGCUAGCGCACGUUCCAUGCGCCACCUACCUCACCUAGAAACCGAAACACUAAAGACUGUGACAGUACCUUGUAUCGAACCAUUGAAUGUUCGGUACGACGUUUCUUAUCAGAGACGUGUGGACCCUUCUUCGUACACCACUCUCAAUCCUGGUGAAGGAGCUUUGUGGGAUAGGCCACAAAAACCGUGGUGGUUAGACGACGAAAAAGACGAUCAUGGUGAUGAAGGCAAAGGUGGCAAUGGGUAUAGAGGCGACACUUGGGAAGAACGCGUAGAAGCUGACGUAGAGGCUGUUCUGGGGACGACGAUUGUGUGCGUAGGUGGUGGUAUAGCGGAUUCUGGUGGUUCAACCUCAGGCAGUGGAUUGACAAGUGUAGCUUCUUUAGGCGUGGAAGUUGAGAAGGUCGUGUUGAGGCGGAAGGAUCCCCGGAGUACCAUCGUGAGGAUAUUGACCUCUGAGAUGAUCUUGGGAUCGGAAAAAGCUGUCGUAAAAGAUGAAGGAGAGGAACAGGAGGAAGAUGGGGAACUCAGCUUGUUUCCUUUAGAAUUCCUACCAGGAGAUCAGCUCUCAGAUGUCUGUCGGAUUGGUAUCUCUUCCCACCGGAAUGAUGAAGAGAUUUAUAUCGAUGCGGAUGGUGAAUUAGAGAUUCCUAGUCCAGGGUCUUAUGAGGUGCAUUGGCGAAGAAUUCUCCCCAACAACACCCGCGGCACACCCUCCUCAACGAAGUUCCCCCUUCCCGCUCUCCGCCCACCAACAGAUGACCUUAUCGCUCUCCUCGACGUGUCACCAACAGCCAGACUCCACGAACCCCUUGCGAUGACACUGACCAUACGAAACCGUCACCCGACACGAACAGCGGAUGUUUAUGUGCAACUUGAAUUCCCACCUGGGACGGGGGUUGCUGCUAACACGAGCGCGCCGAUUGGCACGAGUGUGGGUGGUGCUGUACCCAUGGGAGAAUCGACCGUGAUGUCAAAUACAACGUCAACGGCCGGUGAGCAAGGCGGUCAAAGUGCCCAAAGCGGGUCGGCUUUUGUCAUCGCUGGCCUUCGCGCAGGUCGUGUUCCGUUACUUCUUGCAGGAACAGAAGAACGAAUGGUGUGGAUGCUUAUACCUAUUGAAUGCGGGUACGUGCGCCUGCCCAAGGUGCAAGUGAUUGAUAGGCGGAAAGCGGCAAUGGGAACAGCAGGGAUGUUGGGAGCUGGUAGCAUUGGUUCCAGUUCUAAUGCUCGAAGUGAAAGUAUAGUUGCUGUUGCUGGGAACGCGAUUGAUAAUGUGGAUAAGAAUGGUUCGAACGCAGAAGGAGGGCGAGAAGUGAGGGUCGUUGAUAUUCGAUCGGAAUAUAGAGCGGAGAGGACUAAGCGGCAAGUGGGAACAGAUUUGGUUAGGACGGAGGAGGGAGAUGAUCAAGGAAGAAUAGGGACCGUUCUUGUUCUACCGUGAAAGGUCGGAAGAGACAUAUUUAAUCGCUGGCACUGUAUCAGCCGUUGAGAAAAACCCUCGGAGCUUGAUGUUACCUCAGCAUAACUCUGAGCCUUAAUCUUGAGGUUAAGGAAAGGAGAUGGACAUUCCUCUUUGUGCCACAAAUGAGGGCGCAUUCGCAUAUACUGUUCUUUGAAACCGGCUCGGAGAUUGUUG